UCUCUCUUGUAGGACAGCAGAGACAUCCUGAGCAGGCUGGAGAAGGACAAUGUCCAGGAACCAAUAGAGACAUCUCCUGAGCCAGAGGAUCAACCCACGGAGAUCACUCAGAAAAACGUUGCCCUCAAAGAGAUGUUGAGGAUGUUCCAAGUGAGUCUGACCCUGGAUCCGGAGACGGCACAUCCACGGCUGGUCCUGUCGGAGGACCUGAAGCACGUCAGGUGGGACGACACCCGCCAGGCCGUCCCGGAUAACCCCAAACGCUUCGACGCCUCGCGCUGUGUCCUGGGUCGCGAGGGUUUCGGCGCGGGGAGACACUACUGGGAGGUGGAGGUGGGGGAUGGAGCAGCUUGGGCCGUGGGAGUGGCCAGGGAAUCUGUGCAAAGAAAGGGAAGGAUCAGCGUCAAUCCCGAGGUUGGGAUCUGGGCCGUGGGGCAGUGUGGGAGUCAGUACCAAGCUCUCACCUCUCCCACUGUGCCCAUCUCCUUAUUGGUGGCUCCCAAGGUGAUUGGGAUCUACUUGGACUACGAGGAAGGACGAGUGGCGUUUUUUGACGCCGAGAAGGAAGUUCCCAUCUUUACAUACUCAUCAAGCUCCUUCGCUGGGGAGAAGGUCCUGCCCUUGCUCUGCUUGGGGAGGGGGUGUCAGUUCACACUCUCCCCCUGA